UCAGGCGUGCCAAGCGCUGCCACCGUGGUUAUCGUGAUGUGUAUCGCUGCUCUGGUGGUGGUUGUGGUGCUGGGCAUCUAUCGCAUCCACCUGACCCACCAGCAGGAGGUCAAGAUGGCAGAGACAGCUAAAGAGGCGGAUGUGACCUGGGAUGACUCGGCUCUGACGAUCACGGUCAACCCAAUGGAGAACUUGGAGGAGCCCCAGGCUGCAGAGGAGGAAGCCAGCGAGGAGGAGGAGGAAGAAGAAGAAGAAGAGGAGGAGGAGGAAGACGACGAAGAGGAGGAGGAUGACAUCACCAGCGCUGAGUCAGACGACAGCGAGGAGGAAGUGGACGUCCAGCUACCCAGGAUGCAGUGCCAGAACAAGAAGUCCCACAACUGGGACAAAACAACAAUAUCUUAUUGAAACGCACAGUCACAAACACACACACACACACACAAGCACUCACACACACACGCGCACACACACUCUGCAACAUGUCCAUACUGAAACCUCAAUUCUGAUGGUGGAAACAAAAAGACUUCAUGUGAUGUUGAUGCUCAAAAAAUGAGGUAAUAUCUCCCCCUACUGGAAGACUACACUGAAGUACACACACAAACACACCGUGCAAUGAUUUAACCUUAGCCUUGUCAGAAAACCUCCCGUUUUAUACAGCUGAUAAGAAAAAUGACACUAAAACUGCUCGUCAAUCAAAUGACAUUCAUCCUUCUUAAAAGAGACAGCUCGCCAAAUUUCGGUCAUCCCCUGAGAGCUGCUUUUCCUCGAAUGAUCUCUUUACAGUCUACACCACCAAUAUGGUCUUUAGUGAAAUGAAGUUGUUCGAAUCCCAUUUUGUCGGUUAAACCCAUGCACCAUCUAUCUCCCACAGUGAGAUUUCUGAUGUCCCAUGAAAAUGCAAAACAGUCUUUAUUCAACAAAACUGAGUUGCAAAAGUAAAGAAUCUGACUAUUCUUUGGUUUGUAUCCUUCAUGUUAUUUAUCAGUCUUUAUUCUAGCCUAAGUGGCAAAGCCAGGUGAUUUUACAGAAAUAGCAUAUUUUCAAAAACAAAACAAAAAAGAUCUGUAUGUAGUCAUGUUGAUCUAGCUGAGGUGUUCUGGGUUUUUAGGAAAGACAGAGGAGUCUCCUUGUACAUUUUUAUACGCUCCUUUCUUGUAAAUACUGAGUAUAGUCGGUGACCCCCUCCUACCCCACUCCCUAACACCACUUUCUCCUCCCAGAAACCCUCCUCUGCACCUGGACACAACACACAAGCCACCUCUUCAUAUGUAUGUACACACCCUAAACCCUUAGCCUGCAGGAGUCCUUACUGAACUCACCCCAUCAGUCCUCUGUGUGUGUUUCUAGCUCAGUGUUCAGAUCAUUCCAGCUGACUGCGAGUUGGGUUUGUUUGGAUGGAUGUGCCACUGCCUUCAUAGCGACUGGGCCCGUUAAAGCUGCAGGCGAGAUGUUCAUGUAAAGAGGUAUCAGUCAGAGAGUCCCCUCUCUGCUUGUGUACAUACCACAACACUGGCCCAAAUGAAAUGUUAGUCUCAGGCGUGGUCACAGCAGUGAGGUCCUAAACAACAAACUCAGUGAAAGCACUAUUUAAUGCGCAGUAAGUCAUUUCUGCCGCUAGCGGUCUCUCACAUCAAAACAAUACAAAAGAGGUAGUUUGAUGAUGUCAUGGAGUAGCGUGGGAUCAUGGGAGUUGUUGUCUUCACUGCUAAACAACCACCUUUGCCGAUGAAAAUCUAUCUGACAUGACUGACAUGAUCACUUUCACAGACGAGGUAAUGCAUGAAAGUUUAAUCCAUAUUAUGUUUAGUCACGUUUGCUGACUUCCUUGCUCACUCUCUAAUGUAUCCCAUGUUUCCCCCGGGAGGUUAUAGCAGCUAGACGGGUUAAAGGGGAUAUGAGGCCAUUGCGAGGUGGCUGAAUAAAACACAAACACACAACGUUAGCUAGCAUACAAUUAAGGUUUUCUCUGGGUUUGAACAUUGGGUUUGUUGUGGAAUAAUGUACACAAUUCAAAAAAAGAUAUAACACAGGUCUAGUACUUUUGAGACAUUUUAAUGUGGAAAUGUUGCAUAUUAUGCAUUUAAUUCCACUAUCUGCUCCUACUAAUCAUUAAUGCUGCAUUGCAGAGAUGUUGACAAGUGAGAAAUAGCAACUUUCUACAAGGAACAGUGUAAUGGAACUGGCCCUUCACAUUGGAAUUAAGUAGGAAAGUCAAUAGAUGCAAAUAUCUAAUGUCAAUAUUAGAGCCCUGACUGACCAAUACUGGACUUUUGAGACCAGUAUCAUUAUUUGUCUUGAAAAUGUGAUGAUUAUAUACAUAUUUGUUAAAUGUUAGUUUUGUUUUUUUACAUAAAAACGUAGCAUGAAUGUAACAUUGUUUUUGAUAAAGAUCCUUUACAUUUAUUUGUUAAAGAAUUGUGACCCAAAUUUUACAGUUGAAAAGUAAACUUCUGCAGAAGUACCGACUAUAAACAACAACAAAUAUCACAAAGAAAUAUUAGAGAUGAGGUAAGAAAAAUAAAAUAAAAUUUAUUUAAAUAAGAGCUAUAGUAAAUUAUAUAGAAGUAUAAUGAACAUAAUUCAAUCCUGAAUUAUGAACAUUAAAGCUGUAAUAGUCAAUAUUUUUAUAUCAACGAGGGAUCAAAUGAUUACGUGUAAAACGAAAGGUGUCACUCGUAGUUAGCAGCCAUCUCUGCACCUCAACAGAGCAUUUUAAUGCCAUUCAGCCCAUCGCAACUUUAGUGUCCCAUCUCUCUCAUCAGACUCAUUUCUAGCAACAGCAGGCAGCUGUUUUUAGUGAAUAAGUCCUGAUAAACCUGCAGUACACCACCUGUGCAGCACCAAAUGGCAGACUGACAAAGUUAGCGGCUAGCUGGUGAACAUAGAGGAUAAUUUAGCAGCUAAAGAGCUGAAUGAAUGAGGCCAGCGCUGUGUUUUCAGAUGUUUAGGCUGCUCUCAAGCGGCCAAACAAAUUACUGUAGGUUUAACACUACCCAAACACAUCUUUACUUGUUCUUGUUACUAAUCAGCCAACAGUUGUAAUAAUUGUAAGCUGUUAUUACUGCUGUGUUUAGGGCACUGCUUAUUUAUUUAUUUAAUGAAUUAGUUAUUUACUUGUUUAAUUUAUUUGCCUUAAGUUAUUAUUAUCAUGUCGUUUAACUAAAUCGAAAGAAGCCAUACGUAAAUUCAUUAUCCGAGUUCAAUGGCAAUCAAGAUCUUAUUUUGUCAUUCAUUUGACAUGUAUCAUUAUAUUUGUGAUGAGCUAAAGUUGGCAGAUGACAGCAGCCCGGCCAAUGUAUGUAAAUGUCAAAUCUGCUCACCGUUACUUUUUAUGUCUCUAAUUCCCUAAAAGUAAAUUUUUUGUCAUUUUCAUUAUUUUGUCAAUAGUCUGUACUGCGAGUAGCCAGCUAAUGCUGCCAAAUAUCACUGACACAAAAUUAGUUGUCCCAUGUGGAGGAAGGACAAUUUGCCCCUGGAUGAAAUGCAGUGAAAUUAGAGAAAGAACUAGGUCUAGGGGUGAUGUCACACUACAUAAAUCGCGCCUCGUUUGCAGCACUUGGGGCCACCGAAUUGUGAAGUUGCCUGGUGCAACUUUAGGAUAAAAGGAAAAAGAGAGGUGAAUGCAUUUGGCAGUGUCACAUCUGACGUAAUCAGAAAACCCAGUCCAAGGUUUCUUCACCUUGAAGUGAAAGGGCAUUAAUCUCUGGCUGUAGCCAUCCAAAAUCCAGUCUGUCUGUAAUGUUGGAAAGUGAAAAAUCCAUUAAUAACAGAAAGUUUAGUUACAUGUGACAGGUGUAGUGGUGUCUGCCACAGAUAAAAUCAAGGUUAGGUAUAAGUCACAAACACUGGGAAGUUUCCUCCUCUAAGCUAAUGAGCCUUUGACAGCUGUCCUGUGGGUGUAACUGGGAGAACCUACUGUAUGUGUAUACUGUAUCUCUAUGUUCAUGUAAAGAUCUCAUAUGUUGUUUAAGAGUUUUCCUCAUCCUCUGUGACACCUAGUCUUGUGAUGUCACCUCCCUCCUUGCAUCCCCCCCCUUUACCCCCCUGGAACCUUUGGUGGAUUUUGCAUUGGCCCGAGCCCUAAUGUUGUCCUAACGUUUGUUUUAGAAGAGGAGGACAGUGAAGUUAACAUGGAAACCUUGUAAAAUGUGUAAAAGUAAUUUUAUUUUUCUUAGUUUUUUUUUUCUUCUCUGGACUCUUUGGUCUGUUUUCCUUUGGAAUGGUCACUACAGCACUUUCUGUAAAUUGGCCAAUAAAAACUUGUUUUGGAA